AGAGGGUGCUCCCCUGUGAAGAGGGAAAAGGUGUGUCCAUAGCCAUUCAGUCAGAGAGAGUGACACAAGCCCUAUUAGGAAAUCCCUGGAGGACGGGGAUAUAAAUCCCGGCCUGGACUGCCCAGUUUCCACUGAAGGUAAAAGUCAGGCCUGGCAGCCUUCCCCAGGCGAGAAGCAACAAGGUCAAAGAAUGCAGGGCUGCAGGCUACCAAGUGCUGGACCUGAGAUCUCCAUCUCCUGUGUCCUCCAGAAGUUGCCAGAAAUGAUGUUCAUCUUGUACACGUUGAUAAUGAGUGUUUCAGCCUUCACCAUUCAGCCUGAGGAACACACAGUGGCAGCAGAAAACUGCAAAUUUCUUGGCAAGCAUUUCAAAACUGACUUCAGGGUGGAAGGGGAGCCUGUGGUUCUGAGGUGCCCCCAGAUGCAGCUCUGGCUGUGGACGUCUGUCAGCCCCCAUGUCAACGUGACAUGGCGUAAGAAUGAUUCUGCUCCAACGGUCCCAGGGGAAGAAGAGACACGAAUGUGGAUCCAGGAUGGUGCUCUCUGGAUCUUGCCAGCAUUGCAGGAGGACUCUGGCACCUACAUCUGCACUGUCAGAAAUGCUUCUUACUGUGAUGAAAUGUCCAUUGAGCUCAAGGUUUUCGAGAAGACAGAAGCUUCCCUGCCUUUCAUAUCGUACCCACAAAUUCUAACUUUGUCAACCUCUGGGUCCUUAGUUUGCCCUGAGCUGAGUGAAUUCACCCAUAACAAAAUGGACAUGAAGAUUCAUUGGUACAAGGAUUCUGUCCUCCUGGAUCAAGACAACAAGAAGUUUCUAAGUGUGAAGGGAACCUCUCGCUUACUCAUCUAUAAUGUGUCUGUGGAGGAUGCGGGCUAUUACAGCUGUGCCAUAACGUUUACCCACAAAGGCAUGCUGUACAACGUGACUAGGAAUAUUGAACUCCGUGUCAACAAAAAAGAAGAGGAGACAAUUCCUGUGAUUAUCUCCCCCCACCAGACCAUAUUAGCUUCACUGGGUUCAAGACUGAGAAUCCCGUGUAAGGUGUUUCUGGGAGCCGGGACACAGUCGACCACCAUGCUCUGGUGGAUGGCCAACAAUACCAGAAUAGAGAAUGCCUACCAGGGAGGCCGUGUGGCUGAAGGGCAGCGCCAGGAAUACUCGGAGAACAAUGAGAACUACAUUGAAGUGCCCCUGAUUUUUGAUCCGGUCAUAAGAGAGGAUUUGAACACGGAUUUUAAAUGCCUUGUCCGCAACAGACUGAGUUUUCAGACGCUGCGCACCACAGUCAAAGAAGCUACCACAUUCUCCUGGGGGACCAUGCUGGCCCCCCUCUCCCUGGUCUGCUUGGUUUUGGUGGGAAUAUGGAUGCACAGACGGUGUAAACACAGAACUGGAAAAGCAUACGGUUUGACCACGUUAAAGACUGGCCAUUAAGAUUUUCAUCUCACCCAAGUAAAAUAAAGACAAUAAAACAAUUCAGAGACAAACGAUAUCCUUUUUUAUGG